AUGACACAAUCAUCCUCGUUGAUCCUCGACAACGAGGCGACAGCGAUUGGCCAGAGCCAUCACAAGGACAUGACAAUGCCUGCCUCCACAUCAAUCGACAACACGACCAAUGACGAAGGUCGUCAUUGCCGCUCCGGCAAUAUCACCAAGAAAGCCGCCGAUCAAGCAGAGUGGACUCCAGUGUAUCUCAACUACAACAAGAAACUCACAUUCACAGGGAUCGUAGUUCAGAUCAAGUCGCUACGAGUCAACGUUGUCAGAGAGGAUAUUGGAGACGGCAAUGACAAGGAGGAGUUGCCAGCGACAAUCGUGCUUCGCAAAAAGUUGAACGAACCCACUGGUGCAUAUGCUGGACCUGGCCAUCUCAUGAACGACCUUGAACUCGAUACGGAAUGUAGUCAUUACGACAAUGGCGAUUCCUUAGAAAAAUUCUGCUUCAAUAAGGACCUGCCAUUGAUUGACUUUUCCAACAAGCCCAGCAAGUUUCACGACUCGGACGAAGAUUUCUUUGAUAUCAAGUUUCCUUUUAGUACCGAUAGCUGCAACAGUCGCAGUACCCGAGUCCGUACAUGUAGUAAGAAAACUGCCUUGUCUACCAGUGAUAACAUCGUGACCAAGCGCCUGAAGAAACGAAACAACGGUAGCACUCGACGAAAGACACUGGGAAGCGCACGAUCCAUCACACGUUCGGCGGCUGCCGACAUGACUCCUCAGAUUCGGGCAGGAGACUUGGUCAAAGUGAUUCUCUAUGACAGAGCCCAUGGACGCUCCAUGAUGGCCCGAGUUUGGAUUGAAGUCAUCUCUGUCACGGCCACGGGGUGGAUCACGGGUUUGAGCUGCGAAACCUUGCCAAUCUUCGGGAUCAAGCGAAGCUUUGCAGCUGUUGACCUGCUGGCUUUUCAAACGACGCAUGUGCUGGGUGUCAUUCAUGGGGAGAACUGGGGAGAUUACAAAGGCUGCUAG